AGUAUUGUUUAGGAAGAUUCCUGGGCGGAUGUGAGGGGCGGGCGCCGGGCAGACUGCGCUUUUAAAAGCUGGUGGGAGUGUCGCAGAAAGAAUCUUUUUGGCUUAUUUAUCCUGCGCUGGUGGAUCGUCGCUGCUUCUCUUUCCUCGUGCUGCUGAACCACCCUUUACACAUGGUAGUGUAUGCAUAUUGGAGAUAUGCUGUGAUGCUCUAUAUUUAAAAACAGGGAUCUUGCACUCUGAGGCAAAGGAACUGCCAGCCGUGGGACUCCAGCUGAGAGCUGAUUGGGUGGAGGGGCAGAGAGGAAAGUGAAACUCAGGCUCUUGGCAUCCCAGUGUUUGAGCCAUGGCCAAUCUAAGCCCCAGGAAGCAACUUCUGCAGGAAGUAACUUGCUCCAUUUGCCUGGACUUCUUCACGUAUCCAGUAAUACUAAACUGUGGGCACAAUUUCUGCCAAGCCUGCAUUACCAGGAGCUGGAAGGAGCCAGCUGGUAGGCCCAUCUGUUCUGACUGUCUACUGAAUAGAAGGGUGUGUCCUCUGUGCAGAGCAAGAAUUCAGAUCAGGCACUUGAAGCCAAACCGGUCACUGGCCAAUCUGGCUACAAUAGUCAAACAACUGGGUGUGCCCGUGAAGCGGGAAGCAAGAGGGUGGAGAGUCUGUGAGAAGCACCUGGAGUUCCUGGAGCUCUUCUGUAAGGAUGACAAAGCCCUCCUCUGUGUGGUGUGUUACAAAUCCAAGGAGCACCAAGCUCACAAUAUAGUUCCUGUGGAUGCGGCUGGCCAGGAGUACAAGGAUCUGAUUGGUAGCAGCCUGAAUAUUCUGAGAAAGGAGAGAGAGAAGAUAAUGGUGUAUAAAGAAACCAUAGAAAGAGAGAGCCAAGAAUUGCUUGAGCAAACCAAAGCAGAGAAGGAGAAGACAAUGGCUGAGUUCAGAGAACUACACCAGCUUUUGGAAGAAGAAGAAGAGGAGAAACUUCUGCUGGCCCAGAUGGAAGAGGUAGAGAAGGAGGUUGCAAAGAAAAGGGAGGAGCAGAUGGCCAAACUCUCUGAGGAGCUCUCCUCUCUUGAACAGACCAUCCAAGAGAUGGAGGAGAAGUGUCAGCAACCACCAGGUGAACUGCUGCAGGAUGUUACAAGCAUCUUGCAGAGGUGUGAGAGAGAGCCAUUUGAGGAUCUAGUGGCUUUUCCUCUUGUCGUGAAGAGGAGGAUCAUGGAAAUCCUUGAUAUGUAUCCCUUUCCAGAGAGUUUCAUGAAGCUGUUUAGAGCCACUCUGGUAUCUGGACUUGAGCUGGAGAAAGCAGUUGUUCCUCUGGAUUCAUACACAGUUCAUCUCCAACCCAUCCUGUUUGAGGAUCAUGAAAUCGUGAGACCAGGAGACAAACUUCAGUGCCUGCCAUACAAUCCUGAGAGAUUUGACAUAAGACGUCUUCUGCUGGGAUAUGGGGGAUUCACAACCAGCAGAUAUUGCUGGCAAUUCAACAUGGAAAGUGAGGAAGGAUGGGCGAUGAAGGUUGCCAGGAAGUCUGUAAAGAGAAAAGGUCCUGAGGGAGAUACGUGGUCUGUGGGGAAAUGGGGAGAUAGGCCCUGGGCCUACAGCCCUCAUGACUCUCUCUCCCCGACUGCAAAGGUCAAGAGAAUCCGCGUGUCUUUCAGCUGUGCUGAGGGGUGGGUGGCCAUUUUUGAUGCUGACACUGGAGCCCUGCUCUUUGCCUUCUCUGGAGCCUCGUCCUUGGCAGAGACCCUUCUCCCUUUCUUUUUGGGGAGUCAAAAAGUCCGCUUGACAUUCUCUCCCUGAAGCAGUCAGAGUGGAGACAGAUGCAUAUACAAAACAUAGCUGCAAUGCACGUACAGCCUCCUUCCCUACCUGGGUUUAGGGACUAGGUUUUUAAUGGCUGGAAAGAAGCUGUGUUUACACAGAUCAUCAUGCCGGGUUUCGAGGGGAGGGGAGGGGAGCAGAGCUUACCUCACAGCAAACUCCCCCUCUCCCACUGUUGAGUUUGUCUCUGUCUCUAGCCUUCCCUAAGGCAGCCAAAGCUACCUUUUGGGUUCAGCUGAGUGUUUUUCUCUGGAUCAUCAAGAUCAAUUAAAAGAAGCAAUUUGGUCAGAUUUAAAGGCCUCCAAAGAUCCUAGCUAUCAAACCCAACUCCAUGAGCUGCUUUCCCCUCUCUUUUCUAGAGUGCCCUUUCCCUCUGCAGGUUAUCUUUUAAAGAGGCAACAAUAUGCUGACGCUCAUAAUACCAGAUCUAAGCAGUGUCACCAUUUUCAAUAGGCAUCACGUUGGCCAACAAGGCUGCUGUUGGGAUCCAGCCAGUAAAGGCAAUGUUCUUCUGUGGGGCUACUUGCAUUUAUCACUUUGUUCUGCAAGUGUAAUCUGUAAUCUCUAGUUACCAAAUAAGCUAAUCCAGUGGCUGAUUGUUAUUUUUUAAUCUGUUUACUCUUUUGUAUCAUGUGUCUGCAUGUGUUUUGAAUGUCUGUUGAUUAAAAUUUCUUCCUAUUG